AUGGGAUGGAGGAGGAGGAAGAGGAAGGCAGAAACUCCUUCCCUGGAGGGCAAUGGGAUUCACACCUGGCAGACCAUUUACGGCUGUGAGGUGGGCCCAGAGGGGCACAGAGGAGGGUAUAUCCAGCACAGCUACAACGGGAGGGACUUCCUCAGCCUCGACAAGGAGACCCUCACCUGGACGGCGGCCCAGCCGGAGGCCCAAGUGACCAAGAGGUCGUGGGAUAGAGACAGGGCUUUUAUCCAGCACUGGAAGGCCUCCCUGGAGGAGGAAUGCAUUGAGUGGCUGGAGGGUUACCUGCACUAUGGGAAGGAGGUUCUGCAGAGGACAGAGCCACCAGUGGUGAAGGUGACGCGCCAGGCGCACUCAGAUGGCAUGGAGACCCUCGUCUGCCGAGCCCACGGCUUCUACCCCAAGGAGAUCGAUGCUAACUGGAGGAAGGACGGGAAGGUCUGGGAGGAGGGCACCUUCCAUGGCCUCGUCGCCCCCAACUCAGACGGGAUUUACCAUGCCUUGGUUGGCAUCCAGAUCAACCCAAAGGACAGGGACCUUUAUCAGUGUCAUGUGGAGCAUGACGGCCUAAAGGAGCCUCUGGAUGUGGCCUGGGAGGAGCCUGCCUCCAACAUAGCACCCAUUAUUGGGUGUGUUCUGGGGGCCAUCCUGCUGGGAGCAGCUGCAAUUGCUGGGAUCAUGUUGUACAGAAAAUGGCAGUCAGGAUUCAAAGAAGUGCCAACAAGUGGCCAAGGGUCUGACAACCAAGGGGCUGACAACUCCAGCAAGGGGAGCAACCUGGCCAUCUAGGAGCCCCAAAGCAGUAUGACCAACAAUGUCAGCACAACGCAGACAGCAGGGCUCCCAGUGCGAGAGGCGAGAGAGUAAGAAU